AUGACAAACACAGAUGAUAUUUUUGAACGAAUAAUAGAAUCGCUGAAUUCAUCCAGACAGAAUUCUGUCUCGCUACCUUGUAACAAUGAGGACUUUGUUGCACCUAUUUUGGAUUACACUUCGGAAGUAUUUAGUAAUCCUAACAUUGAAUACAAUAAUAUUCAUUUGGUUUGCUGUGAUGGGGAACCACAUAUGAGUCCAAACAAAGUGCGGUUGAGACGUUGGUCGAGGUCUCGGUCAAUCGUGAGUAAUUCAUUGAUGAAUUGUAUUAAUAAACAAACAUCUUCCGGUCAUCAUAAAAGUUCCAUUCCAUGUAUAAGUGACUCAGAAGGAUGUGUCCCGACGAAUGAAAGUUGCAGCACACUCAGCAAUCCCUCGAAGGAAGCCAGUGAUAGAACCGGCUUACCACUGCAUGAAUCCCACUAUGAUUCCAAUAAAACGGCACCUAGCAACUCGGAAUAUCCAUCAUAUUACCAGAAAUGCAACCCCAAUUCAAGUUCUGAAUGCGGAGUCCACGAUAAUUCAUCCAAUUCAAGCCAGUCUACCGAUGCGUAUAUAGAUUUUUAUUCGUACGCAGACAUGCUAAAUAGCGAAAUUGCUGAGGGUUUCCACAGCGAAAGUCAACCAGAUAGAGUUUUAUACGUUGAAGAUCUGGGCUGCGGAGAUAUUUCGUCCCGCUUUUCGACCAUAAGUAUGGAUGAUUACGUUAACUGUAUAGUCAAUGAGAAGGGUACCUAG